UGUGUGUGUGUGUGUGUGUGUCUCAGGCACCAUGAGGGACCGUCUGGAGGACCUGGGAGGUCAUCGGGAGGAGGAGGGCUCCGAGGGGGAGUGGUCGUCUCACAGUGACGAAGACGAGGACGUGAUGAAGAGGCAGCAGCAGCAGGCGGUGGUGUUCGAGGAGGAGUCGCCCGCCAUGGAGGAGGUUCUGAGGGAGGCGCAGGCCAUGCGGCGGGAGAUCGCGGCGCUCGGCCUGGACGUGGAGCGACUCCGCAAGCAGUCCUCCCGCUGCGCCAAGACGGUCCGGCGCCUCAGCGUCAUCCAGCGCAGCUCCAACGCCAUCGGGGGCGACGUGAAGACCCGCGCCGAGGCCCUCUACCGCCGCCUCACCGCCUACGACCAGCGCCGCCAGGACCUGGAGGCCCAGCACGGGCCCGCCGCCGCCGUGGUCCGCAUCGCCCGCUCCCAGCACGCCGCCGUGGGCCACGCGCUGCACCAGGCCAUGGCCGACUACCACGCCGCCGAGGACGAGCAGCGCGAGUGUUGUCACCAGCGCUUCCAGCGGCAGGCGGAGAUCCUGGGCCGCAACGUCUCCAGCGAGGAGGUGGACCAGAUGGUGCAGGAGGGCGGCUGGGGCGCCUUCAGCAAGGAGCUGAACCCCGAGGGCAUCACGGCCCGCUGCGCCUUCAAGCACAUCAAGGACCGCCACCGGGACCUGAUCGACCUGGAGGCGCGGCUCAGGGACGUGCACGAGCUCUUCCUGCUGAUGGCCGUCAUGGUGGACGAGCAGGGCGUCAUGCUCAACAACAUCGAGGCCAACGUGGUCGCCACCGACGACUACCUGGAGAAGGUCAACGAGAGCUUCAAGGUGGCCAUCCGGUACCGCCAGAGGAACCCCUGCUUCAAGAUGUGGUGCGGCUGCUUCCCCUGCUACAAACAAGACGCCGGAUGAGUGUGUAGUGUGUGUGUGUGUGUGUGGGGGGUGUGGCUGCUUCCCCUGCUACAAACAAGACACCGGGUGAAAGGUUCCUCCAGAUUAAGACACCGGGUGUGUGUGUGUGUGUGUGUACGUGUGUGUGUGUGGCCCAGCUGCUAGAUCCUUACGUGUGUGUGUGUGUGUGUGUGUGAAAGGUUCCUCCAGAUUAAGACACCGGAUGAAAGGGUUCCUCCAGAUUAAGCCACCGGGUGUGUGUGUGUGUGUACGUGUGUGUGUGUGUGUACGUGUACGUGUGUGUGUGUGUGUGUGUGUGUGUGAAAGGUUCCUUUAGAUUAAGCUCAGGAACUGCGGACAUCUUUGUUGCACUUUGAAAACCCCUUGAAGUAAUCAUUAAUGUUAGUGAACGAUUGUGUCCUUAAAGUAAGGUCAGUGUAAAGUGUGUACACACACACACACACACCCUUAAAGUAAGGUCAGUGUAAAGUGUACACACACACACACACACACACACACACACACACACCCUUAAAGUAAGGUCAGUGUAAAGUAUUAAGAGUCUGUUGAAUAAUGCCUGCAUAGUGAAGCUCUGACCCAGACAGCGCUGCUCACACACACACACACACACACACACA